AUCAGGUUGAAAAAAUGGCGGUGCUAAAAGCAACAAAACUUCUUAUCGUACUARCUUUGACUUUGCCUUGUGUUUCUACUGUUGAUCUUAAGCAAUCCAAMAAAGAUCGAGUCCCAGUAUGCAAAGCGUAUGCACCUCCAAAGAAUGGCGCUAGUAGAUGUUUUGAGUGGCAGGGAACUCUUCAGUGYACUAUAGCAUGCAACAGUAAAUACGACUUCGUAUUCAAUCCCGCUCAAAUUUACAUGUGUCACAAUGGAAAAUGGACAAYUUAUGGUAAUCCCAUGAUACCCUUCGUUGACAAACUGCCCUGGCCCGACUGCUCUUCGCGUGCCAACCCAAGUUUUGUUAAAAUGUCAAUGAAUCCUUUCUACUUCUACGACGGAGACUGCAAUGAUCCAAAUGUUCAAAUGAAAUUAAAGCAAGGUUUCAUGCAACAGCUAACUCCCCCAAACUCACCUCCAUUUUUUUGUUUAUUUAAUCCGCAAUGUAACGCACAAAACGUGAAGAUCCACUACGGCGUAUAAAUGAACGCCUCUGCGAGAAAAAAACGACGAUCAACAACUAAGACCGUAUAAUGAUCGCUUAAAAACCAGAUAAACGUGAUGGCUAGUAACAGAUCAUCUAAAGGAACUAAUAAGGAAAAUACUUAAAAUCUUGGGGAAAGGGAGAUAGCUAGCUUAAAAACUGAAAAUUACAUUUGCCAGUUCCAUUACCGCGAGUCAAACCGGAACAGGUAACGCCAGCGUGGCAAAGUAUUCACGAAUACAAAGCUGAACAUAAGCCAUUAAAUCGAGUUUCUGGAAUCCUUAACAUAAAUUUGUGUCAUAUAAUCUUUUCAUGUCUGCAUCACUAAAAAAUAACGAUAUCUUCUUCGAAAAAAACACAUUAAUAUAUGUCAAUAGGUAGACUAACUGAUUCCGUAAGUCGAUCCMAGUUCGCUCUCUGUCAGAGUUUUUGUCGCUCACAGGUUUGUUGCGCGACAAACCGAAAAACCGAGGAGCGAAAACUACGACUUAUGUAAUCAGUCUGAAAAAUAGAAAAACGCGGACCAAUUUUUCAAAAACGCGGUACAAUUCUAAAAGUUACAAUGUGGCCCUGUUCUAAAGUACAAUGUGGCCCUGUACAAUGUAUGAGUAGAAGUUCGGUACUUAAAAUAUUCAAAGUGUUGUAAGAGAUCUUCUUAUUGA